UUUUUAUAAUGAAUGAUUCAGCUGAAAAUGAAGUCGUUCUUCCGGAGUCUGAAGUUAAAAAUAAAUCGGAUUCUAAGAAGAAAAAGAAAUCAAAAACGAUUAUUGACGAACUCGAUGAUGCCAUACUAGAACUUGAAUCUUUAAAUAUAACUAUUCGAAAUCCUUUACUGUUUAAUCCUGAAAAUGGAGAAUCUAUUAGAAAAAUAGGAGAAUGGACUUCUCCUCUUGUUACCGAUAAAACGGUAGUUCAACAAUUCAAAAAUGGAAUAUAUCCUGAAGGAGAGAUCUCUGAAUAUUCGUCUGGUAACAAAAAGCGAACUACUGAUGAGGAAAAACGCCAUCUUGAAAAUCUUUCCUUUGAAAGGUAUAAUGAUAUGAGAAAGGCGGCUGAGGUUCACAGACAGGCUAGAAGGUAUAUUCAAUCUGUAAUAAAGCCAGGACUAUCUUGCUUGGAUAUUGUGCAAGCUCUUGAAUUCAAGACCAAGUAUCUCAUUGAAUCUCAGGGACUUAAGUCAGGUUGGGGGUUUCCUACUGGUUGUUCGCUUAACUCCUGCGCAGCUCACUACACCCCAAACCACGGCGAUAAAACCAUCUUCCAUAAAAACGAUGUUAUGAAGUUGGAUUUUGGGACACAUGUGAACGGUUACAUAAUCGACAGUGCUUUUACCAUAGCUUUCGAUGAAAAAUAUGACCCACUAAUUGAGUCCACAAAGGAGGCAACUAACACAGGGGUAAAGUUGGCUGGAAUUGAUGCAAGAACAUCAGAACUGGGAGAAGCGAUUCAAGAAGUAAUUGAAUCUUAUGAGAUAACUCUGAAGAAUAAGACCCACAAAAUUAAGCCAAUAAGAAACCUAACCGGACAUAACAUCGGUCAAUACGUCAUACACGCCGGAAAAGCAGUUCCAAUAGUCGGGAACACUAACAACAGAGAUAUAAUGGAAGAAGGCGAAGUGUUUGCGAUUGAGACAUUUGCAACAACCGGAAGUGGAAUGGUAGUUGAAAAAAUGGAGUGCUCACACUAUAUGAAAAAUCCAAACUCCAUUUACGCCCCUAUCAGACUCAAAUCAGCUCGUGAGGCCCUUAAUGUAAUCAACAGGGAGUUUUCUACACUCCCCUUUUGUAAAAGGUGGCUGGAUGAUUUAACAAACAGGAGAGGAUCGAUGGUACUUAGGAGUCUUGUUGAUGCCGGCAUAGUUGUCCCAUACCCUCCUCUGUCCGAUAACAAUCACAGUUUUACUUCUCAGAUGGAACACACCAUACUCCUCAGGCCAACUUGCAAGGAAGUCCUAUCCAGGGGUGAUGAUUAUUAAACAUCGUAAAAUCACAUAACACUGUUUCAUUAACAAUAUACUAUAAUAUACUAUGGUAUUCAA